GAUAAAUGCCCAGCUGAACUCGCAGCAAACAUGAAGCUGAUUUUGAUCUUCAGUGCCCUCAUCGGGGCUUCCCUGUGCCUGGAAACCUUCGUUGGGCACCAGGUUCUCCGAAUCAAGACCAAAAAUGAGGAGGAGGUCAGGCAGCUGCAGCUUCUGGAAGCGCUGGAACACCUGGAGCUGGAUUUCUGGAUCAAUCCCUCUGCCUCAGCCCUCCCCGUGGAUGUGAGAGUUCCUGCUGCCAGCGUCCAGUCGGUGAAAGCCUUCCUGGAAUCCCAGGGGAUCGAAUAUUCCAUCCUGAUUGAAAACCUGCAGGAUGUUCUGGAUAAAGAAAAGCAAGACAUGGCUGAGAGUGCCCAAAGGCAGCGCAGCAGCACCUUUGACUUUGGUGCUUACCACACUCUGGAUGAAAUUAAUGCAGAACUGGACAACCUUGCAUCCGAGUACAGCUUCGUGCAGAAGAUCCAGAUCGGGCAAUCCUACGAAAAGCGGCCUCUGUACGUCCUGAAGUUCAGCACCGGCGGCUCCAACCGCCCGGCCAUCUGGCUCGACGCCGGCAUCCAUUCCCGCGAGUGGGUCACCCACGCCAGCGCCCUGUGGAUCGCCAACAAGAUUGCCUCUGACUAUGGAACAGAUCAGUCCAUCACCUCCCUGCUGGACAAGAUGGAUCUUUUCCUGCUGCCAGUCACCAACCCUGACGGAUAUGUGUACACUCACACCUCGAACCGCAUGUGGAGGAAAACCCGCUCCAAGAUUCCCGGCAGCAUCUGCGUCGGAGUUGAUCCCAACAGGAACUGGGAUGCAGGUUUUGGAGGUCCUGGAGCCAGCAACAACCCCUGCUCCGACUCCUACCACGGGCCCAGGGCCAACUCCGAGGUGGAAGUGAAAUCUGUUGUCGACUUCAUCAAGAAUCACGGAAACUUCAAGGCCUUCCUGACCCUCCACAGUUAUUCCCAGCUCCUGAUGUAUCCCUAUGGAUACAAAUGCACCAGGCCAAACGAUUAUGCCGAGCUGGAAUCUCUGGGAAGAGCUGCCGCCAGUUCCAUCCGCUCCCUCUACGGCACCACCUUUCAAGUGGGCACCAUUUGCCAAACCAUCUACCAAGCCAGUGGAGGCAGCAUUGACUGGAGCUAUGACAAUGGGAUCAAAUAUUCCUUUGCCUUCGAGCUGCGGGACACGGGGCGCUACGGAUUCCUGCUGCCCGCCAACCAGAUCGUCCCCACCGCCAGGGAGACCUGGCUGGGCCUGAAGAAGAUCAUGGAGCACGUGCGGGACAAGUCCUCCUGAGAGCUGGGCUGGGAGUCAGCUCUGCAGCACCGGCUCAAAAAGCCUCUGUGUGCUGUGAUGGCUGUCACGACAGAAAGGGCUGAAUAAACCUCUGUGCAAUCCCG